CACUUUAACAAUUCUAAUUAUCGUCAAUCAACACGAAAUAAUCAAAUUCGGUAAAUGAGUGCUAAAAACAGUCCCGGGGACGCGUCGUAUUGAUUUAACCGGAAUGUCAUUGCCGUAAUUGUAGCCACAAGAUGUCAAAAUUCGGUAGUAACAAUGGCAGAUAAAUUACAAAAAAAGCCUUCAAAGGGCAUAUUAAAAAAUUCGAGCAGUUUCGACAAGCAAGAAGCACACGCAGCCCCACGGAAAUCCAUAAAGGAGACAACAUGGGACGAAAUGAAUAUAAUGGCAACGCUCCACCCGCCCGAUAAGGACUACGGCCACAUGAAAAUCGACGAACCCAAGACCCCAUACAACUAUUUAAACCCGGACAAAGUUGAUGGUCUAAAUCUCUCAGAACUUGAGGAGAAGAUCAAGUCGGGGGCCGCUCUACCGCCUAAGGCCCUGCUAGAGCAGGACGAAUCCUCGGACGAAGACGAGGACUUGACCCCCGAGGAAAAAGCGAAAAAACGAGAAUUUGAACAUAAGCGUAAGAAACACUAUAAUGAGUUUUAUGCGGUGAAAUUGGCGCGGAAAUUGCUCGAGGAGGAGGAGGAUGACGAUACGUCGCCGACCAGUUCACCAAAACACAAAGCGCACGAACAGAGCUGUUCAAAAAAUUCUCCAAAUUAAAGUUUUGUAAUUAAGAGUAUUUAUUGAGUUUUUUCUUGCGGUUUUUUAGACGGAAUACGAAAUUAUGCCAUACAUCAAAUUAUUCCGUCUAUUUUAUUGCUGAUUUGAGCUCAAUUGGCUGUGGUAAUGUUUUGCUGACUAGGUGAAAUGUUCGCUUUUUUGCUGAUUCAGUCGAGGGGUUUACCCCAACUGCUGGCAUUUUUACGGUGUCAGGCGUAAUUUUUACCUUUAUACACAUAGGUUUUCCAUUAUUUAAUAAUGAAUAUUUAUUUCUUUUAAUGUUACGUUACGAUGUGAGAAGUUGUAAUUAAUCCCAUUACAAUAAAGUAAAUAAAUAAAUGUGGAUAGACAGUAAAGAGGCGGAAUACAAUUUAUCCAAUAAUAAAUGUUUAAAUGAAAACUUCUAAUGUGUAAAAUUCUCAAUAAAACGUAAAGAGACA